AUGGAGCCAGCGUCUGAAGCCCAGCUACGAGAGAAGUCACCAGUGCGACCUUCUGCAGAAACCUCUACAACGAAUACUACAGGAACGAAAGAUGAAGCUCUGGCACUAGCUGGUGAGAAGGCGCGAGCAAUUGAUCCAGCCAUCGAACGUCGUGUAGUCAGGAAAAUCGACCUCUUCCUCAUGCCACCAAUGGUCAUUGGAUACGGACUUGUAUACUACGACAAAGCGAUCCUCGGAAGUGCAGCUCUGUUUGGUAUGACAGCGGAUCUGCACCUUACGAUUGUUGACCGCACGACUACUCCGCCAACGACAAGCACAGAUCGCUUGAGCUGGGCGACCUCAUUGUUCUAUUUCGGCAUGCUGGCAGGUUUGUAUCCAAUGAGUUUCGCACUGCAAAAGUUCAACAUUGGGAAGAUUCUCGGACCCAUCGUCGUACUUUGGGGUGCUAUUUGCAUGUUGACUGCUGCCGUUCAAGAUUGGCGUGGCCUGUUUGUGCAGAGAUUCUUCCUCGGAUUCGUAGAGAGCAUCAUCCCUACUGGGUUCUCUUGCAUCGUUGCCGGUUACUACACUCAGCGAGAACAGACUUUCCGACAAGCUUGGUGGUUCUCUGGGACCGGCCUCUUUACUAUCAUCGGCAGUGCUCUCAAUUACGGAUUCGGGCAAAUCACAGGAGGUGACCUCACAAGAUGGCAGUACAUCUAUCUGCUUGCCGGAGCUCUUACAAUUAUCUUCGGCGGCUGGUGCUUCUUGUUACCGAACUCACCCGUCAGUGCUUGGUUCUUGACUCCGGAAGAGCGGAUUGUCGCUGUGGAGAGACUUCGUAAGGGCCAGACCGGGGUCCGUUGCAAGGAAAUCAAGCUGUACCAGAUCAAGGAAGCCUUGACGGAUGUCAAAGUGUACCUGAUUUUCAUCAUGAUGGGCUGCGCAUACACAGUCAAUGGCGCUGUAGCCGGCUUUGGACCUCUUAUCGUCAGCACGUUUGGCUGGAAUACUCUUCAAUCCAUCCUGCUACAAUUUCCUGUUGGUGGCAUCAGCUGGCUCGGAAUUCUGCUCGCUGGAUUCAUACCACUAUAUGUUCGCAACAUCAGAAUCACUAUCCUAGUGGUCUGCUGCUUCCCCGUUAUUGCCGGCUGCGCCAUGAUUUGGAAAGCAGACUGGACACAUCAUGCCGCCGCCCCGGUGGUGGGCUACUCUAUCAUCGGAUUCUUCGGCCCUGUAGUAUCACUCAUCAUCGCACUCGGUAUGUCUAACGUGGCAGGAGCGACCAAGAAGAGUUUCAUGUCAGCUGCCAUCUUCGUCGCAUACUGUGUCGGUAAUAUCGUUGGCCCACAGCUCAUCAAGAGUGAGACUCGUCGCGAACACUAUCCUGAGCUCUGGACUGGACUGAUCAUCUUCUACUGCGUUGCGAUCGCUGCUUCUCUGGCACUCUACUAUGUCAUGUGGCGGGAGAACCAACGAAGGGAUAGACUCAACCUUAAUGAAGAGGAUGCAGAUCGAUUCGCUUUCAGGGAUCUCACUGACAAGGAGAACCUGCAUUUCAGAUAUGUCUUAUAA